AUGGUGUUUGUUAAAGAGGAGAGUGAGGAGGACACGAGUGAACCAGAACCCUGGAGAAUAAAACAGGAGGAACCAGAAACCUGGAAAAUAAAACAGGAGGAACCAGAACCAUGGAUAAUAAAACACGAGGAACAAGGCGGCCUGAUGAAAGUGAAAGAAGAAAGACAAGAUUUGAAUGAGGUGGAGGAGAAACAUCAGUGUCAGAAAGAUCAAGAUGUCAAUGGAGAAAAAUCAGUGAGUUGCAGCAUUAACAAAACAGAUGUCAAAAGGCCUUUCAGCUGCUCUCAGUGUGGAAAUGCUUACAAGCAUAAAAGAAGCCUUAUGAAACACAUGAGAAACCAUAGUGGGGAAAAGCCUUUCAGCUGCUCUCAGUGUGGAAAGAGUUUCACACAGAAAGGAUUCCUUAAGGAACAUUUGGUAAGUCAUUCUUCAGAAAAGCCUUUUACCUGCUCUCAGUGUGGAAACACUUUCAAACAUAAAGUAAGCCUUAUGAAACACAUGAGAAUUCACAGUGGGGAAAAGUCUUUCAGCUGCUCUCAAUGUGGAAACACUUACAAACAUAAAAGAAGCCUUGUGAAACACAUGAGAAUCCAUAGUGAGGAAAAGCCUUUCAGCUGUUGUCAGUGCGGAAACACUUUCACAUGUAACAAAAACCUUAAGAAUCACAUGUUAAUUCAUGCUGGAAUAAAGCCUUUCACCUGCUCUCAGUGUGGAAAGAGUUUUACACAGAAAGGACACCUUAAGAAUCACUUGCUAACUCACACUUCAGAAAAGCCUUUUAGCUGCUCUCACUGUGAAAAGUCUUUCACACGUAAAGCAAACCUUAAAAAACACUUAUUAAUUCAUGCUGGAAUAAAGCCUUUCAGCUGCUCUCAGUGUGGAAAAGGUUUUACACAGAAAGGACACCUUAAUGACCAUUUGGUAACACACACUUCGGAAAAGCCUUUCAGCUGCUUUCAGUGUGGAAAGUCUUUCACACGUAAAGGAUACAUUGAGACUCACAUGUUAAUUCAUGCUGAAGUAAAGCCUUUUACCUGCUCUCAGUGUGGAAAGGGUUUCAUCUGUAAAGGAAUCCUCAGGAAUCACAUGUUAAUUCAUACUGGGGUGAAGCCUUUCAGCUGCCCUGAGUGUGGAAAGAGUUUUACACAGAAAGGACACCUUAAGGUUCAUUUGCUAACUCACACUUCAGAAAAGCCUUUCACACGUAAAAGAUACCUUAAGGCUCACAUGUUAAAGGGGUCAUCGAAUGCCCAUUUUCCAUAAGCUGAUAUGAUUCUUUGGGGUCUUAAUAAAAAGUCUAUAACAUACUUUGGUUAAAAUUUCUUAAUAGUCAUGUAAAACAACAUUCUUUUUACUUCGUCAAAAACAGCUUGUUUUGGUGUAUGGCCCUUUAAAUGCUAAUGAGCUCUGCUAACCUUGCCCCUCUAUUCUGUGGGAUGACAAGCCGUUCUCCGACACUGUAAAUGUUAACCACAUUUAGACGCAGAACUUGCUAACUAGCAUAUUAUUAGGAAAGGCGAUUUGCAAAGAUUCAUAAAAAAAAAAAAAAAAAGCCUUCAUUACUUCUGUAGGUAGAGCUAGAUCACAAAUGAUUCACAUGAACACAGACACAUUUUGGCAGAUCGGUAGGCGCAUUUCCUUCAAAAAUGAAAGUAAUCCACUGCGUCUUCAGCAGCUCAGAUGUUGGGAGUAAAUGAUGACUUUUGUGUUCAUUUUUACAUCCAACAACAAAACACCUCAAUCUCUUAGUUAGAAGCCAUUCUGCUCCAGCAUCAAAACAAUGGCGGACUGUUUACAGCUCACUCAAAGCGGAUCUAAAGUAAAAUGCCAGUGUCAAUCAAUAGUCGUGGAACGCGACUUGGGUCUGUAUGAUGUCACACAGUUUGAUUUGAGACACUAGUUAUGAUUUAUUAGGAUUUUUUUAAAAAGCACUGGGUGGAUUUUGAUCAUUAUGGGGUGGUUGUGUACACAAACUACCAAUUAAAAGGGAUUUUUGCACCUGAUGACCCCUUUAAGUCAUGCUGUGAAAUAAGUUUUUCAGCUGCUUUUAUGAAUAGAAUUAAUUCACAUCUGUCCUGUUUGUGGAAGAUGAUUUCUAGAAGUUGUUUUUUUUUUUUUUUUUUUUUUUUUUAAGGGCAUGAAAAUGUGCUGUGCAGGGAUGGAUAUUGUGUUAAGGUUUUAAAGGUAUUUAGUUUCUCUCAAAACUAUAAAACUAUUAAAUAUGUUCAGCUCUUGGAACAGUAGUUUCUUGUUUACACAAGAUUUGAAUUACUUAAUAAUUUAAGAACCUAAGGGAUAAAAUGAUCCAAAAUCUGUCAAAUGUACUUGUGUACUCAAAUAUGUCCACUAAGAAGAUGGAAACUUGUAUCAGUAGUAUUUUCCCCCUCUCUCUUUGAUGGAUGUCAUUUUGUGGCAAUUUUCUUUUCACUGUCUCUUCAUGAAAGAAAUGUGUAAAAUGGACAUGCAAAUGUGAAUUUUCUGUUUAUAUGUAACACACUACUACACAA